AUGUCUCAUGGACACCAAAGUUUAUUAAAAGUUUUUGAACAUCUUGUAUCAACUAGACCAAAAGAAAAAGCUCUUUUGGUCCCAAAUGGUGCAGAGUAUGAAGAAAUCAAAUUUCAAGACUUGGAUCUUAUUAUCAAUAAAUACGCUAACUAUUGGAGUAAACAAUUGGAGAAUGAAACCUUGGAGAAAGACUGCGUGAUCGGUUACUUAUCACAAAGUGGCCCUGAAUACUUAUAUAAUUUCAUGGCUUUAUGGAAAUUAGGCUUCACAGUUUUAUUCCUUAGUCCUAAAAAUUCCGAACCUGCAUUGAUUCAUUUACUUCAGGAAGCUAAAUCGAGUAUUCUCAUUUACGAUUUUCAACUUUCAAAAAUCUCCAAAAAUGUGCAAAGUGAAUUAGGUUCUCAACAUUCGCAAACGCUUAAAAUUUUUCAACUUCCUAACAAUUUAAAGAAUGAAAAUAUUGAUCAUUCAGCACCUGUUCUAAAACUAGAUGAUAAUCCUUAUGAAAAAAUUAUUGCUAUUUUUCAUAGUUCCGGCUCAACUUCAUUUCCUAAAUUAGUUCCUCUCACUAAUCGUUAUUUUUUGGUUGUUAAUUCAAGAGAUAAGGCUGACGAUAUUGUCUUAGCAACCCCUCCAUUAUUUCAUAUAUUUGGAAUGACUGUCAUUAUGACUACUAUUCUCAAUCCUGGUUCCGUAUAUGUAUUUCCAAUAGUCUCAGGAUCAGUUCCUUUAGUAAAUGAAAUUUUACAUAGUUUAAACCAAUUUAAGGCUAGUGUUUUUAAUACCUUACCCGCUACUAUUGAACAAAUUUAUAAAAAUCGCCCAGAAGAAGUUAAAGCUUUAUUAAAAUUAAGAUCUGUUAAUUAUGCUGGAGCUGCAUUGUCACCUCAAAUAGGUGAACGACUUGUUCAAUCCGGCGUCAAUAUCCAAACUGCUUAUGGUUCGACUGAAACAGGAGUCAUUAUGGAUUCACGUAUAGUUAAUAAAUCUUCUUUACCUAAUAUCCCAUGGAAUGCAAUGAAAUUGGCAAUAUCAGAAAGUUAUGUAAAAUGGAUAGAAAGAAAUGAUUUUAUCGAUGGCGCGAAAGAAUUAAUUAUAAAAAAAGAAGCACCAACCCUUUCAAACAUUAAAGGAAAUACUGAGGAUGGUGAUUAUAAAGUAGGGGAUCUCUUUCUUGAAACUCCAAAAGGUUCCGGCUUUUAUAUUUUACUUGGCCGAGCUGAUGAUACAAUUGUUCAUAGUACUGGGGAAAAGACAAAUCCAAUUCCGAUCGAAGAAACAAUUCGUCUUAAUCAAUUUGUUAAACAAGUAGUAGUUGUUGGAUUUAAUAGACCAUUCAAUUGUCUUUUGAUAGAACUCGAUUAUGAAAAUAUCAAAAUGACUCCUUUAUUAGAUGUCACCAAAAGUAUCGUUGAUUCAAUACAUCAAGCUAAUAAUGAUUGUCCAUCACAUUCACGAAUCUUUGAUGAAAUGGUUUAUAUCUUACCUCUUGAAGGAAAAACUAUACCCCGAACUCUCAAAAAUAAUGUUCAACGUAAAAAAGUUGAAAUAGAAUUUAAAGAAGAAAUUGAAAUACUUUAUGAUAAUUUUGUAAAUGCAAAAAUCGUCUCAAAUAAUAAAUCAUCUAAUAAUCAAUGGAAUGAAGAUUCUAUAAAAUCUAUUGUAUUAGAUUCCCUUAAAUUAGCCAUUGGUGAUUCAUUUUCACUAACUGAUGAUGGUGAAACCUCAUUUUUUGCUAUUGGUCUAGAUUCUUUAUCUGCGACUAAAUUGCGAGCUAUUCUUCAAAAACAAUUUCAAGUUAUCAACCUUCCUCAUGAUGUGAUUUUUGAAUAUAAUACAUUCCAAAGUCUUACACAUUAUUUGACAAAAGAAUUAUUAAAAAAUGUCAGCUCUCCACAAAGUCAAAAUGUUGAAGAUGGCUACGAAGCAAAAUUACAGGCUCUUAAAAACGAAGUGAAUUCAUAUAUUCAGAAGUACAGUACAACUGAUAAAUUUCCUCCCGUGGGUAACUUUAAUAAAAUUAAUGAAAACGUAAAUGAAAAAAAUGGUGAAACGGUCCUUAUGACAGGGGUUACUGGAUCUCUUGGCUCUUUUAUUCUCCGUGAUUUAUUAAACAAUCCAAAUGUGCUUAAAGUUUACUGUUUGGUGAGAGCUUCAGAUGAAAAUCAUGGAUGGUCUCGAUUAAAAGAUUCAUUUGAACAACGUCAUUUAGAUACUUCGUUAUUAUCUAAAGAACGUAUUGUUAUUUUGCCAAGUGAUUUGGCUUUUGAACGUGAAAGUAUUGCUGGAACUGUUCAUCUUCUUAUGCUCGCCCGUGAAGCAUAUACUCAUCAUCAAAAUGUUCAUUUUAAUUUUACAUCAAGUGUCAGUACAACCAUUGGAUCAAAGACAAAUGUUAAAGAAGAUGAAUUACCUCAUAAUAUUUCAAAUGCAAUGCUUAAUGGAUACGGUUUAUCAAAAUUCAUUACUGAAAAUGUAUGUGCUGAAUGGUCGCGAAAAAUUGGGUUUAAACUUGAUAUUCAUCGUGUUGGACAAGUUAGUGGAAAUUCAGUUACGGGAGUUUGGAAUACUCGAGAACAUAUUCCACUUAUGAUAAAAGGUGCACAAAUUAUGAAAAUUAUGCCAGAUUCAUAUUCUUCAAAUGUUGACUGGAUUCCUCUUGAUAUCGCAUCUCAAAGUAUCGUCGAUAUCUCCUUAAGUGCACCUUUUGCUAAAGAUGGUGAUUAUAUUCGAGUUAAUCAUAUAGUUAAUCCGAAACAAGUCACAUGGAACGAAUUCUUAAAAUCUUUACAACAAAGUGGAAUAGAUUUUAAGAUUGUUUCGAAUAAAGAAUGGUUGAAUACAUUAUUAAAUACUCCCGAAUAUCAAAAUGUGGAUGAAAAUCCAGUAGCCGCAUUAUCAGGAUUCUUUGAAAAGGUUAUGAGCGAAUCAUCGGAUAAGAGUGAAAGACAUGAACCCUUAUUUGAAACACAUAAAUCAUCAAAUCGUAGUUUAGCACUUUCUAAUUGCCAAAAAAUUGAUGUAAAAUUAAUCAAAUUAUAUGUUAAUAAUUGGAAAAGAAUUUCAUUUUUAGACUCUUAA